CUGAACACGGAAGUGGUGGCGGCCCCUGGGGAGCAGGCGGGGGUGGUGACCGAGACCUACGAGGCAAGAACCGAGCGCCGAGGGACAGCGGGGGUUGCAGAAAGGCAUCCGCCCUGUAGGACCUGUACGAGGUGCAGGAGUGGCUGGUCCUCCCUUCUCCACUCCAGAGAGCGCUCAAGAGUGAUGGCGAUGGUGAUGGCGGCAGUUAUUUGGACAGCCCCAGCUAAGCUGCGAUCCGGGAGAUACAUCCAGAAAGUGUCCAGAAGAAACUUCCUGCAAGAAAAACUGAAAAAGCCAUAUUUAUAACACAGGAAUUUCUGGAUAAUUCAUAAAAAUGGCAGAAAAUAGUGAAAAUAAUAGUAAAACUGUAGAUGUAAGGCCCAAAACUACUCGGAGUAGAAGUGCUGACAGAAAGGAUGGUUAUGUGUGGAGUGGAAAGAAGUUAUCUUGGUCAAAAAAGAGUGAGAGUUGUUCAGAUGCUGAAACAGUGAAUGCGAUAGAGAAAACUGAAGUUCCCUUAAGGAACCAAGAAAGGAAGCACAGCUGUUCAUCUAUCGAGUUGGACUUAGAUCAUUCCUGUGGACAUAGAUUUUUAGGCCGAUCUCUUAAGCAGAAACUGCAAGAUGCUGUGGGGCAGUGUUUUCCACUAAAGAAUUGUAGUAGUCGGCACUCUUCAGGGCUUCCAUCUAAAAGAAAAAUUCAUAUCAGUGAACUCAUGUUAGAUAAGUGUCCAUUCCCACCUCGAUCAGAUUUAGCCUUUAGGUGGCAUUUUAUUAAACGACAUACUGCUCCUAUAAAUCCCAAAUCAGAUGGGUGGGUAAGCACAGACUUGUCUCAAAGUGAGUCGAGGGAAGGUCAGCCCAAACAAAGAAGAAACAUGGAAGAAAAUGUAAACUGUUUCUCACAUACUAAUGUUCCACCCUGUGUCAUAACUACCAACAAUGCAUAUGAGAAUACUUAA